AUGGCAAGGGGUAAAACGGUCCCCCUUGCCAUGACCAAUUUUCCUGGUCAUGGCUGCGCCGCGGUCACGUGGUGUGGUUUCGCUGUUCGAUACACUAUUACUCUUGUUCUCAACAUAUACAAACUCAACAGCAUUGUCUUGGGCAAUGAUCCUUGCCGUGUAUUUGAGAUCAAGAUUGCACCGACAGAGAGUGUCAGCACCCUCCAAAAGGUUAUCAAGGACGCGAAGAAGCCACAAUUUGACCGUGUUGCCGCUGACGGACUCGAGAUAUGGCUGUCUAAUGCCGACGAUCUGAUCAUUUGGAAGGUCAAGAUAAAUUUGAACGACCUUGUUCAGUCUCGACAUCCCACCAACCAAUCAUCUGUCACAGUUACUGCUCCCACAACCUUCAAAGCCCGCCUACACUACCUAUGGACUGCUCGUGCAUUGCCGCCAAUUUUCGAUGCUCAUCUUGCCUCGGGUCAACUGCACAACGAUGUUGGCGAUGACUUGAUUCAUGAUGGAGAUUCAGUGGUAUGCUGGGCUGCACAGUAUGCCUCUAUGGCACUUACUACGCCGAAUCGAUGGGUCCUCGCGAUGGUUCUUUACAUUAUCGGUUUCGUAUCAUACGGUGCGACUCUUGUUUUCUAUGCCGCUCUAUUCCCUCGCCUCGCACGCAAUACCCCACAUGCACGCCAGUUGAGAGAGAAGUACGAAAGCGGCGAGAUUCCUCCUGAAGUUUACGAGCAAGAGGAAUCUCUGGAAAAGAAUAGGAUCAGUAAUAUCUCUACCGUUUAUAGUAAUGUCGGGUACAUAAUCACCUUAUCGCUGAACUUAGCGCUUUUGUUGCCGAUGACGAACAACCCCAAGGUAGACAAUUAUGUCCUCGUGUUUGUCACCACGUACUGGGUGGAACCCAGGCCAGGCCCUAGUUUACCUGAAGGCGAACACUACAUGACGAUUGGAUGGAAGCAGAUCUGGGCUACGCUGAAGACAUACAAGCAUCUUCCCUACACCUUCGCGUACCUGUUCUCCUUCUUCCUUCUCGCAGAUGUACUGUUUGGUUGCCUAUCUCCUGACCCACGCCUGACAUUUUCUUGGACAAGGGCUGAAUACUACCGGGACUCUCGCUGCCAUUUGCCAGAACAACAAGUUCGGUUUCUCGUUCCCGCAAAAUACCUACUUGGCUUGUCACAGGCGAUUGCCUCGACUAUCAGUACUCUCGUCUUCUGGUACAUCCAGAGAUAUUGGAAGAUUAGCACGAAGAAGAUGUUCGUGGUGACUAAUGUGGUCACGAUUUUGAUUCCGCUGUGGGGUAUGAUUGGAAUAUGGACAGAAAAACUUGGGUUCCAUAAUGUCUGGGAGUUUUGGUUCAACAUUGUGUUCGGCCUUUUCCAGGCGCCUUACUACGCAUUCUCCCAGAUAAUGAUGGCCGAGCUUAGUCUGCCCGGUUUUGACAACAUGUUCUUCGGUCUGUUUGGUCUAUCCAACCGCGCUUCUUCUAUGGUGGGACCUAAUGUCAUCCAGGUCAUUAUCAACAGGACGGGGAAUGACUGGCAGGGAUUCCCGUUCCUCUUUGCGUUGUGUACGGCUGCCUCAGUGGUGAUCUGGUUUGGGGUUGAUGUCACGAAUGGGCGGAUGCCGUGA